GAUGCCAACAUGACUAUCGGAAAGAUCAUCUUCUAUGAGGACAGGAACUUUCAGGGCCGCUAUCAUGAGUGCAGCAGUGACUGUGCAGACCUGCACCCCUAUUUUACCCAAUGCAACUCCAUCAAGGUAGAGAAUGGGUGCUUCAUGGUGUAUGAGCACCCAAAUUAUAUGGGACAGCAGUACUUCCUGCGGAAGGGCGAGUAUUCUGACUGUCAGCGUAUGAUUGGCUUCAGUAACUGUAUCAGAUCAUGUCGGAUGAUCCCCAUGUAUACUGGUAACUACAGAAUGAGGCUAUAUGAUCGGGCUGAUAUGGGAGGUCAGAUGAUAGAACUCACGGAAGACUGCCCUAACAUCAUGGACCGCUUCCAUACAUCUGACAUCCACUCCUGUCAUGUGAUGGACGGUCACUGGCUUCUAUAUGAGCAGCCCAACUACAGGGGACGAACGUACUACCUUGGACCAGGUGAAUACAGGAAGUACAGUGACUGGGGAGGAACGGCCCCAAGAAUCGGGUCCCUCAGGCGAAUAACCUCUUUCAACUAG